AUGGCUUCAGUCACCGCGCCGGCGCGCGCGCAGAGCUUAUCUGCACUUCUUGAAAAUUUAAAAACAUGUCUUACUAGCGCUGCUUCAUCAUUGCCAGCGUCCAGCAAAGAAACCUCCUCCGACGUCUCAAUCGGGCCUCCGCAAGAUGGCAUCUCGCUUCUCGACAGCAAGAGCGAAAUCCUUCUCUCUUACCUUCACAACCUCGUUUUUCUCAUUAUUUUCCAAUUGCGAAACGCGUCCUCUAAAGAAAACCCACAGGACUCAGAAGAUGUCACGGAUAGCAGCAUUCGGGAAGAGACCGUGAAAAAGCUGGUUGAGCUCCGAGUCUUCCUCGAUCGAGGUGUGCGCCCACUGGAAGGACGUCUGAAAUAUCAGAUCGACAAGGUGGUGAAGGCAGCAGAGGAUGCGGAGCGGACGGAACGGCCCAUUCAAUCGCGCAAGUCCAAGAAGGUCCGCAACGCCGAUUCGGGCAGUGACGAAGAUGCCAGCGAUAGUGACGAGGAAAGCGAUGAUGAGGAUAUGGAUGAGAUGGCUUAUCGGCCCAAUGUCUCCGCCUUCUCCAAGGUCAAACCGGCGGAGAACAAAUACCAGGCCAAAGCCGCUGCCCAAGAGCCGACUGAUGGUAUCUACCGGCCGCCGAAGAUUAUGCCGACCUCCCUACCCACGACCGAGCGCCGCGAACGGGUGGACCGUCGUCCCCAACGAUCCAAUGUUAUCGACGAAUUCGUCAACGCCGAGAUGUCGUCCGCGCCUAUGGCAGAACCCAGCAUUGGUAGCACCAUCAUCGCCGGUGGUCGACAGACCAAGUCCAAGAAAGACCGGGAACAUGAGGCUGAUCGAACCCGGUACGAAGAAACCAACUUUGUCCGUCUGCCUAAGGAGACCAAGAAGGAUAAAGCGAAGCGGGGCGGCCUCCGAGACUCUACAUUCGGCGGAGACGAAUGGAAGGGCCUUACGGAGGGUGCUGAUCGCAUUGAGCGUCUUACUCGGCGGGGUAAGAGUGGUGGAGUUGCUCUGGAGAAAAGUCGGAAGAGAAAGAAUGAUGAUGGCCAACGCAGUGAUGGUGUUGGCAUGGGCGAGAUCUUUGACAAGCGCCGGAAGAAGAUUGAUAGCUGGAAGAAAUAA